ACUGAAUGAUUUUAUUAUGAAAUCAGUUUAGUUUAUUUGGCAUCUAGAAUAUCAGUAUCUUGAAUGGGCUUUGAGUCUGGUCCUUAAGAAAACAGGUAAGUAAUCAAUUUUCUAUAGAAAAGUGGUAGUUUUCCUAGUACUGAAGUUUACAGAGUGAUUUUUUACAUAUUUCAUUACCUACCCAAAUAAGAUUUUAACAAAUAUUUCCAUGACCAGGAGAGUUCUGACUGAACUUUCCCAGUAGUUUAGACUCGCAUUAAGAACUCUGUGCACAUUGGAGUUUUCCUACCAUUGAAAACCCUGCUCUAGAUUGCCACCUGUUGUCAUGCAAUUUGCAGUAACGUAAUAAUCUGUAACAUCGUGUUAAAUUUGGUUGAAAUUGGUCAUGAGUUCUAAAACUACCUGGAGAAAUUGUGCCAGGCAGACGGAAGGACAAAUGCUUGUUCAAGUAGCAUAAUUACAUAGGCUUUCUUUUCUCAGGAAAAAGGCUAGAAAUUGCACGUGACAAGAUAAUUCUUUUUGAAAUUGUCUCUUCAGAGUUUAGUCACAAAUUGGUAAUGUGAUUAUUUUAGAUUUUUCCUUCUAUCUUCUGCAUUGGUUUUAGGCAGAUAUAUGUUUCUAUAUAUUACUCACUGCAUUUACACAUUCUAAUGUUUUACUUCAAAACGUGACAGAUGUUAACACACUUGAACAAAAGCAUUGCUAAACAUCAUUAUGUGAACAUAAAUUUUAAAGUCAGUUCUUUCCAAGUUGGCAGUCAGGCCCUGCUCUUCUUAACCACGCACGUUUGAUGACUUCCAGACUAUCAGUGAUGAUGACUACUAUUUUGUUCUGAAUCCUCUUCUCCCUCUGUCUCACAUUCUUCUCUUCUGUUGUUAGCAAAUGAAUAAUACUUUAUAGAUUAAAAAUAAAUUAAGGGUAGGAAACAAUGAUUAAGAAAGAGUUUUCUAGUUUUCCAAAGGAAGAAGUCACUCAGAGAAUUCUGUGGGAUCUGACAGUUCAAUGUUACAAAAAGGCUGCAAAAGGCAGUGAAUGUAGAGUUGACGAAGUCUGCAGUUGGCACAAAGUAUUCAGGAUAAUCAGCUGGAAAGCUGACUGAGGGAGGUUGCUUAAGUAUUGCACAAAUAAAUUAUAAAAUGACAGAAAAAUAAAUAACUUAGUUAAUGCAAAGUGCUUGUGUCUAGUGUUUGUAGGAAACUAAUCCUAAUAGCGAUACAUAUGGUAAGGGAGAAUCUUUUGCCACUCAGGAAUAGGCUCUUAAAAGACAUUGCAGCUCAGAAGAGUCAAAAAGAGAAACAGAAUUGGUAUAAGGCAUUGGGAAAGGAGCCAAAACCAAACCAGUCAUUAUAAUUUCAAGUAAUACAAUACUUGCAUUGUUUGUACACUACAAUGUGUACAAACUAUGAUGUACAAGUGUACAUCGUUUGUACACUUGAUUACUACAUGAAAUUCUGGUCAUGCAGUGGUACUAUUGUAUCAGGUAAAAAAAACAGAAAAAUUCAACAAGGGCAUUGUGGAAUGGUUUUGGUAUGCAAAGAAAAAAAGCAAGCUUGUCUCCUCAGAUGACUGAAGUAUGAAAACUGAAAUGAGUUAUCAUAAUGGUGUAUAAGACCGUGCAGGUUUUUUUUUGUUGUUGUUUGUUUUCCUUACAAUGCAAGAAUUAAGCUUAAGGAAAAAAAAAAAAAAAAAGAAUUACUAUUUUAUACAAUAUGUAACUCAAGUGUAACAUCCUGCCCAAGUAGUCAAAACCAUAAGACUGUUCAUUAUUUUCCCAGUUCCUUUACAGAGGGCAUAUUCGAUGAUUCUAUUAAAUGUGAAUGGUGUCCCCACUGGUUAGGGGACUUAAAAAUUGCUGAUUGCAGGAGUUUAUUUCUUCCUUAAGCCUGCGCUACCGCCAUUUGAGGCAGGCUCUCUGGCCAGACGGACCUUCAGUUGGGCUUCACUCCCAGUGUGGUGCAUGAGGGAAAAACGGGGUGGCAAGGAAGAAAAGGCUGCUUCUGCCUAUGGAAACCCCAUCUCCAUCUUUUCCCCGCGGGCUGAACAGUAAUCCCCUCCUUCAGUCCCGUCAGCGGAGGCCCGGAGAAUAUACGAUGCCCCCAGCACAGGCACCUUCCUCGCCCAGCACCCACCGAGGGCCGGCCGCCAUUUUGGGAGCCGGGGCAGGCGAACUACAUCUCCCAGCAGGCCCGGCGCCGCGGCGCCAUCUUGCCCCUUCGCUCCGCGGGGCAGCUCUGGCAGGCAGCGCGGGCGCCGAGCGGGGCUAUGGCGCUGUUCCCGGCCUUUGCCGGUGCCGCCGAGCCCGGGGAGACCCCAGCCGGCAGCAGCGAGGGCUCCAGGAAAGACCUGGACUGGCUGAGUAACCCAAGCUUCUCUACAGAAGAUGCACUGUUAGUGCAUCAACGCACUACAGAAGUUGCAAAUUCUACCCCUGAAAAAUCACCACUAAUAAGGACUAGUUCAAGAUCAGAGCUGUCAGGGGAAAGUGAUUCAGAUGAGAAUCUGAAAAAGUCAAGUAAGAAAAGGAAAAAGAAAAAGAAAAAGCAUCACCACUAUAAGACAAAAAAGAAAGCCAAAGGGGACUCCAGUAGCAGCGAAUCAGACUUGGACACUAAGCACGUCAAGGACAGAGCUACAGCAAGUGGCAGAAAUCACGAAAAGGAAGCAGCAGCGAAUCUAGGUGAUACAACAUCAAAUCUUACCAACAACCGCUUUGUUUGGCUUGAUGAUAUCCAGGCUUUCACAGCAGAAACCUUCAGGAUAGACAAGAAAUCAGAUCCUGCAAACUGGGCCUACAAAUCCCUGUAUCGAGGGGACAUUGCAAGAUAUAAAAGGAAAGGAGAGUCCUGUCUUGGCAUAGAUGCAAAGAAACAAAGUAUAACUUGGGACAGUCCUGCAUCCCAAAAGAAGCAAUCACAGAGGCGACCUGAGCGCUACUUCUCAAAGAACAAUGUGAAGACAUUAAACACAGAUGGGAUUCCUGUUUGCAAUAAAAGUUCUCCAUCUGACUCAGCUGCUUUUAUACCAGUUUUCCAAACGGAAAGCAGUGAUCCUUCUGACACAACAGAGGUAAACCCUCUUGGGAUUUAUGAUCCAUCAACUACAGUGUGGCUGCAAGGAAAAGGAUACAAAGGUGCAGAACAUGAGCCUGUGAAUACACAGCAGGCAUUUCAGGAGUCUGGGAUAAAUGUUAACCCCGUUCUAAUGACAAAAGUGGAAGAAUAUAACAAGAAAGUAAGAGAAAACCCAAGAGAUAUUAAUGCUUGGAUGGAAUUUGUUUCUUUUCAGGAUGAAUUAAUGAGAGGACCUAGCCCCUAUGCAAGUAUGGGAGAGCAGGAAGUAAGAAGAAAAUCACUGAAGUUAAUCUUAGAAAAGAAACUAGCUAUUUUAGAGAGGGCAAUUGAAAGCAAUCCAAGUAAUGUUGACCUGAAACUCGCCAGGUUGAAGGUUUGCACAGAGUUCUGGGAACCACCAGCUUUGAUCAAAGAAUGGCAGAAGCUAAUUUUCAUACAUCCCAAUAACCCGGAACUGUGGAAGAAAUAUCUUCUGUUCUGUCAAAGUCAGUUCAGUACCUUUUCUGUUUCAAAAAUCAAUGGGCUCUACGGAAAAUGUUUGACUACUCUGGCAGCUGUACAGGAUGGCAGCAUGGUGUCACAUCCUCCACUGCCAGGCACAGAAGAAGCUAUGCUAGCUAUAUUUAUUCAGCAAUGCCACUUUCUGAGACAGGCUGGCCAUUCUGAGAAAGCGGUGUCUUUAUUUCAGGCUCUGAUUGACUUCACCUUCUUUAAACCUGACAGUGUAAAAGAUCUGCCAACAAAGGGACAGGUGGAGUUCUUUGAACCCUUUUGGGAUAGUGGAGAACCACGAAUUGGAGAAAAAGGAGCAAGAGGCUGGAGGGCAUGGAUGCACCAACAAGAAAAGGGUGGCUGGAUUGCUGUUGACAAGCCUGAUGAUGAUGAUGAUGAAGAGAUAGAUGAAGAUGAAGAAAUAAAGGAUAAAACUCUCCCCAAGUGGCACAUUUGGCUGGAUAUUGAAUAUUCUCGUGAAGCAAGACAUUGGUUACCUUGGAGGCCAGACAAAACCAAAAAGCAAACUGAAGAAGACUGUGAAGAUCCAGAAAGACAGGUAUUAUUUGAUGAUCUUGGACCAUCUAUGAUCCAGCUUUCUAAUCCAGACCUUCAACAUCAACUACUGUACUCAUUUUUGCAAUUCCUGGGAGUGCCAUGUAUAAGUAAACUCUUUCCUCCCAACCUCUAUAUUGCCAUGGAUGAAAAUAACAUCUUUGACAAUGUACUUUCCGAUGAAAAGCCACUGACUUCUGUUGAUGUGCCACUGUCUGGAUUCAAUAGUAUUGGUCAUAUGGACACGAUGCUAAGAGGCAGACAGCAUAUAGGCCACUAUAAAGAUGGAGAGGAGUUCAUACAGAACGUUUUUCAUGCUCUAUACCUGCUAUUUUCAGGAAAGGAAAAAUCUCACCUGUCCAUUUGUUGGUUACAGUAUGAAAUAUCUAAGGUAGUUCAGUGUCUCCAAACAAAAAACAAGAAGAAGCUGAAAGCACAAGGGAGGAAAAGUAAAAAAUUGGCCAAGAAUCUCCUUAAAGCACCUGACAACCGAAAUGACCUUUCUCUCUGGAAACUGUAUGCCUACCUAGAGUGGCUGCUUGGUAACAUCGAUGAUGCUAGGAAGGUAUUUGACACAGCUCUUAGCACAGCAGAGACGGGAGGAUUGAAGAGUCCCAAGCUGUGCAGCCUCAGUCUGCUUUAUGCUCAGCUGGAAGUGGAACUACUGAAAAGCCUGGAAGGAGCUGUCACGUCACGCGCUGUUCAUAUAUUGACUAAAUUGACUGAAAGUGGACCAUACGUGCCCUAUAAUGGACAAGUGUUAUCUGUUAAUGUCUUGAAAGCUCGUAAGACGUAUGAGCGUGCAGUGCAAGAUUAUUUAAGUAAAACACCAGUUUCUGAUCGGGAUCAGGUCGGUGAGUGUAACCAGCUGGUGAACUUGGUUGGUUGUUACGCAGUGUUCCAGUACUUGACUGUUGGGAUCGAUGCUGCGGUAUUGAUAUAUGCACAGGCUUCAGAAAAGCUUCAAGUUCCUGCUCCAGAGGAAUGUGAAAAUACCAGAGCGAAUUCUGGCAUUCAAAAUCUUCCCAGUGCUCUUGAAGCUGUCACACUGCUGCACACAAAUUUACUCAGGUUCCACAUGAAAAUUAGUGUUUAUCCUUUGAAUCCUUUGCGAGAGGCCCUAACGGAGGCGCUGAGGCGAUAUCCUAGCAACCAGUCCCUCUGGAGGUCGUACAUCCAGGUCCAAGGGAAGUCUCACACUGCUAGCAAAGCACGAAGGUUUUUUGAUGGUGUCACAAGGUCUACCAACUCUUUAGAGCCGUGGCUGUUUGCAAUCCAAGCAGAGCAGAUGAGAAAAAAACUUACUGAGCACGUCCAGAGGGCAGAUGUUGGUGAAAUAUAUUCCACUAUUCCUGAAACUGGGUUAACGAAUAGGAUUAUAGCUCUAUUUGAACAUGCAAUUCAGAGUGAGAAUGGUACCCAUUGUCCGCUGCUGUGGAGAAUGUAUUUGAACUUUCUGGUUUCAGUAGGAAAAAAAGAAAAAAGUAAAGGAUUGUUUUAUAAAGCCAUUCAGAACUGUCCUUGGACAAAGGUACUGUAUAUGGAUGCAAUAGAGUACUUCCCUGAUCAGCUGCAAGAGACACUUGAUCUAAUGACUGAAAAAGAAUUAAGAGUGCGGGUACCUAUGGAAGAGCUGGAUCUACUGUUAGAAGUCUAAGAGAAGAUUGUGUAAGAGUGAAAAAAGUACACAAGCUAGUUCUAAAACUAACACUUAGAACUGUCUCUCUACAAGCUGGAGCUCUGUUGGGACUUGGGUACUAUGUACUUUUUUUUAAAGCUUUUGUACAAAUUGCUAUCAAAAUGGAGUUCUACUAGCUGUGAGUAUUCUGGGAUCAAGUACUGCAUUUUGCCCGCAGAAAUGCAUCCAUUUCUCUGAAGUAUUGCUGACUCCCACAGAAGGAUGCCCUCUCGCAGAUAUCCUCCUGUUGAAUGUUGCCCACAUUUCUUAUUCUAUUGUUUGAAAUUACAUUCCCUGGAGUUCAAUAGAGAUUCAGUACAUGCCAAUUAUGGUUUGGUGAACAGCACAGGAAAUAAACAUCUGCCAAGUGGAUGCUCCACUGUCCUCCAGCUGGCAGACUUCAGUAAUUUCCUUCAGCUUGGUAUGCGUGUGUAUAUAUAACUACUGAGUCAAACAACAGUUACAUCUGUUCAUAAACAGUGAAGGCCAAAUCUUUGCUUGUGCAAGCACCUAUUUUGGACUUGUGUUUAUAUGUUUUGACAGAUGACCAUUUUAAUAUGAAUAUUUAUGAAAAAUAUACCUUAAUUUUUAAAAUUCAAAUGGAACUUGAAUUAUUUUCUUUCUUAAUUCAAUAAGAUUGUUAAUGUAUCAACAAUGUAUCAACAAUGAAAUUUUAUAGUGCAUCUCUAAGCAGCCCAAUUUAAAAAAAGUUUUUGUAAUUGAUUACUCUCUUUUGACCCAAAUAUAGGCAAUCAUCAUGAGAGAAGUAGAGGUCUGUUCUGUAUUUAAUCAUCACCAAAGAAGGCAGAAUAGUCAAAGCAUGACUCUCUCAUUAGUAGCUUCAAUUCCAAGAGUCUCUAGGCCAGCUUCUAGAGAAAUAACAUGAAAUAUGGUAACAAUUUAGCAAUAUAAUUGUUGUAUAUUUAUUUUGUAAGACAGAAGAUACUGAAAUAUGUAGAAGACUGUAUUUAGUGUUCCUACUCGAGACACUCAAGAACUCAAAAACUAGAUCCUCAUCUGAAAUAGAGCUACUGAGUACCUGAAACUGUUUCAGAGGUUUUUGUUUUGGUUUGGUUUUAGAAGAAAACAAACAGCUGUCACUAACAGCACUAAAACAGUUGUGGGUCAUCCAGCUGGUGAGAUGUGAUUACAUGGAAAACUGUGGCUGGAGAAAGUCACACAACCUCUAGCUCAUUUUUGCCUAAAGGCAACAUAGCACAAGAUAGACAUGUUAGUUUAGGCUGCACUUCAUUUAUUCAUCUUUGUUAAAGCAUUUUAAAUGUUACAGGGAAUAUGCAAAAUUUUAAAAUGGUAAUAGAGCAUAUUCUAAGAGCCUUAUAAUAUCCUGGUGAUCGUAGGUGAUGCUGUUUUUUCUAUAAAAUAACUUUUUUUUUUUUCCAAAGAUGAAUUAUUUUUAAAAUCCAUGCUUCUUUCCAAUAUGAGAGACCUUCUGAAUUGGAGGUAGGAGUUACUUUGUGUAUUGAAUGGUGACAUCAAAAAGUGAUUUUUUUUUAAUUUGCUUUUGCUCUUCUGUCAAAGCAGAAUGCCAUUUCCUCUAAAGACCUGGAAGGGACAUGGAGGUAGGGAUGAGGGGCAGCAAGUUUCUGCUCCUGUGUGUCUCCUUUGAUCACCUUUGUAUUCCAUGUGAUCCCUCCUCUGGGGCCCUUCCUCUCUUUUGCACAGCUUUUCCUGGUGCAUCACUCCACCCCAAGUGAAGGAAGCAGCUGGUCAGGGGCUGCUCACCUAGUGGUGCUCCUGGAGUAAGUCUUGCCUUUUAAUUCAGACCCCAUGAGAUUUUUUUGUCUCUAUGGUGAAUAUGCUGGCUCUGUUGCUUUUGUCUUCAUUUUUUUUUUGAUUUGAUUUUAGAAAUGUUGUAGAAAGUGGCAGAAGUUAAAUUCUGCUGUAAAAGCUAAACAUCUGUCAAAUAUGUUUCUUCUUCAGUUAAUGUUGUGGUAGUCAAUAUACCAGAACACAGUUCUUGAUCUUGUUUCAUACCUUGCAGCUUUCCUUGUCAGUUCCACCAGCCUCUCUGUGGUUGUUGCUUCUUGCCUGCCUUACCAGCUGUGUCCCAGAUAAAAAAGAAAGCCUUGUUUACUGCAUGUUCUAAAGCUCUUGAGCCCAUCAAGCAGAGAUGAGGCCCACUGUCAUGAUUAGAAAGUGCUUGCCUAAAAAAGUGCUGGCUUAGUGACUUUUCCACAGAGACAGAUCUCGUAAGAUUUACAGGAAUGGGUAAUAAAUGUUGCUGUUUUUUUUCCCUUUCUCCAGAUGAAAACCAGCUCUAUUUCAGGGUUCCUGUCAUCCAGAUAAAGAUUCCCUUCAUAUGUAGGAUUUGUUUUUAACAAUGAACCACAAUUUUAACAUGGAAAAACAUCAUCUCUUGGCCUUGCUGCUGCCAUUGUUGUUAACAGCACUGGCAGUUAUCAAAGGGAUUGCUUUAUGUGUAACUUCCAAAUUUCUGUUACUGUGCAGAUUUUCUUCCCACAGAAAGUUUCCACAGCAAAGACUGUGCACUACUUAAUUGCAUUCUGUAUACCAAACU